UGAUUCAGCAUCACAGAGGCAGGAGAGGAGGGCAGAAAAAAAACACAAGAGUGUGAGGAAAUAAAGGAAAGAAAAGAGAGAGGAAGAGGAGCGAGUGCUGCGCGCUGGGCUCUGGAGCCGUGGAUUUCACUGUUAACCAACUGGUGUGGCCAAAACCAUGCAAAGGAGGAUUUUCUAAAGCACUGAAAACUUCUCUGGUCCACUUGAAAUCCAUCCAAACUCCCCAAACGAAUUAGGGUUUCCAUCGGGACGGAUGUAUCACAUGCGUGGAGCGCGCCGGACGUAUCCAGGGGUGUAGCCGGGGUGUUUUUCGUUGCGUUUGUGUGCUGAUGUGAGUAUGUGUGUGAGAGAACGGGAAGCUGUGUGUGACUGAGUGAAUGUGUGUGUGAGAGUGAGAGAGGUGGGAGAUCAGCCGGAGUGGCCGACCAGUCAGAAGGAUGCUGGAGGGCAAUGCCUGCAGAAAGAGAGGAUGAGAUUUGUCGAAAGGCGCUGGAACUGCUCUCCGACCUCUGCUCCAAGGGAGAGGUGCAGGACGACAACUGCCUGGAUUUCAUUUACUACUUCAGAGACCUGGCCAGACCCCGCUACACCGACUCAGAUGUUUCGGUGAGCCUGUUGUCCCUGCUGGUGACCACCUGCGGCCUGGCACUCUUCAGCGUCUCGCUCUUCGUCUCGUGGAAGUUGUGCUGGGUGCCAUGGAGCGGUCGCUUCCUCCCCGACGCCCUCAAGGGGGUGCACUUUCUGGGAGGAGACCAGCAGCCCGUCCUCAACGAGGUGGAUGGGGAGGAAAGGGAGUACAGCGAGGAUGGCUGUGUCAAGGAGCCCACAGCGCCCCCAAUUGCUGUGGCUGUUCCGGAAUCAUCCAUGAAGAUCAGCCACACGUCGCCUGACAUCCCCCUGGAGGCCCAGGCCAAGAUGGAGAAAAACCAGGUCCACACUCUAGCCAGGGACCGGGUCCAGAGACAGAUUACUGAGCCCACCUCAUCUGUGCGUCACAACUCCAUCCGUCGUCAGAUGAAUCUUUCCAAUCCAGACUUCAACCCUGCUCAGUUCCAGCGCCAGGAGUCCCUGUCCGGUCUGGGCCGGAUCAAGCCAGAGCUCUACAAGCAGCGCUCGGUGGAUGCAGAGGACGGGCGUCGAUCAGACAGCUGUGGGCGUCUCCACUUCAUCCUGAAGUUUGAUUGUGACCUCGAGCAACUGAUCGUGAAGAUCCACAAGGCCGAGGACCUUCCCGCCAAGGAUUUCUCAGGGACCUCUGAUCCUUACGUCAAGAUUUACCUGCUGCCCGACCGCAAGACUAAGCACCAGACCAAGGUGCACCGCAAGACACUCAACCCAGUUUUUGAUGAGGUGUUUCUCUUUCCUGUGGCAUACGCUGAGCUGCCGAGCCGCAAGCUGCACUUCAGUGUCUACGACUUUGACAGGUUCUCGCGCCACGAUUUGAUUGGCCAGGUGGUGGUAGACAGCUUCUUGGAUCUGGCUGACUUCCCACGGGAGACAAAACUGUGCCGGGACAUACUAUAUGUAACAUCGGACAAUGUGGACCUAGGAGAGCUGAUGUUCUCGCUGUGCUAUCUCCCCACGGCUGGCAGGCUCACCAUCACCAUGAUCAAAGCCAGAAAUCUCAAAGCCAUGGACAUCACAGGGGCUUCAGAUCCAUAUGUGAAAGUCUCCCUGAUGUGUGAAGGCCGGCGGCUCAAGAAGCGGAAGACUUCAACCAAGCGGAAUACCCUGAACCCGGUGUAUAACGAAGCCAUAGUCUUUGAUGUUCCGCCUGAAAACAUCGACCAGAUCAGCCUGCUCAUAGCUGUCAUGGACUACGAUCGGGUGGGGCAUAACGAGGUGAUCGGGGUGUGCAGGGUGGGCAGUGAGGCUGAGAGUCUGGGUCGAGACCACUGGAACGAGAUGCUGACGUACCCACGCAAACCCAUCGCACACUGGCACCCACUCAUAGAGUGGGUUGGACAGGGGACGGCAGGAAGUGGCAGCCAAGGAGGAUCCACCAACUCUCUGAAGACACCGCCCUCACCGUGAUAUCACCGUCGCGCACACACACAAACACAGACACACACAUGCGCAGACACACACGCUAAGGCUCAGUGUGGGCUGCGCACCUCCCCAUCUCUCCGACAACAGCGGAUGGUGGUCCUGCAGAUAAUCCUAAUAAUCCUAUUGAAACGAUAAACCGCACAAGGUCUGACUAACAAGCGACUACUGUAAUAACAACAGCUACUUAACCAUAUAAGCCAUUACUCAAGUUGAUGUUUCAUUAGGAUGACAUAGACUUUAGUAUGCUAAGACUACCGCAAAGACUAAUUCCCACUCGCUGCUCCUCCUGUGUCUUCACAACCAAAAA